AGCUGUGGUUACAAAGCUGCUUGCUAAAAAUGUCCUCCUCUUACAAAAUUAAAGUGUUUAUUUAUUCAUUCAUGCGCAUUAGUUUCAAAAGAUGUGAUAAAGUGGGACUGAUGAAUAAUUUGUGAUUCCUCAACUUCAUUGUUGGGACAAUUUUGUCCGCUGAGCUGCGUUGAUUGGUCCUGAGGAGCAGUGAUGUCACCGCCCGCUCUGAUGUGCCGGCCGGUGCUGCAGCUCGCGCAAACUGAGGGCGAGAGAGGAACUCCAGAUGGAGUUUGGCGCGCGACAGGAGUAGAGCCGUGGCCCGUGCGUCCGCGACACACUAGAAAGACUGCCUUGAUGAACUCGACCUGGUCCCGCACACAGCGCAGCAGCCCGUCAUGGGGGACGGUGGCGCGUCCUCGCCGGUGAAUUUCCAGAAUGGCUCCGGCGCAGAGUCGUCGGACGCACCGGACUCCGCUACGGCCGUGUCCGAGCAGUGGAUGGCGGGGAUGAGCGUGUUGAUGGGUUUGAUCGUCGUGUCCAUUGUGUUCGGCAAUAUCCUGGUCAUCGUUGCCAUCGCCAAAACGCAGAGGCUGCAGACGCUCACCAACGUGUUCAUCGUGUCCCUGGCGAGCGCGGACCUCAUUAUGGGGCUGCUGGUGGUGCCGUUUGGCGCGGCGCUCGAGGUGCGUGGCUCGUGGCUGUACGGCAGCUUUUUCUGCGAGUUCUGGACCUCCGUGGACGUUCUUUGCGUAACCGCCAGCAUCGAGACCCUGUGCGUUAUCGCCAUAGACAGGUACGUGGCCAUCACCUCCCCUUUCCGCUACCAAAGCUUGAUAACCAAAGCUCGGGCCAAAACGGUGGUGUGCGUAGUUUGGGCCAUCUCUGCACUGGUCUCCUUUCUCCCCAUCCUGAUGCACUGGUCCCGGGACAGUGUGGACACAGACUGCUACAACGACCCUGAAUGUUGCGACUUCGUCACCAACAGGGCUUAUGCCAUCUCCUCAUCCAUCAUAUCUUUUUACAUUCCUCUGCUGGUUAUGAUAUUUGUUUACGCCCGCGUGUACAGAGAGGCGAAAAAGCAGCUGAGGAAGAUCGACAAGUGCGAGGGCAGGUUUCACAACAACUUAACCGGACUGACCUCUAAGUUCAAGAAGAGGCCGUCUAAGAUCCUGGCGCUCAGGGAGCAGAAGGCGCUCAAAACGCUGGGGAUCAUCAUGGGGACGUUCACUCUGUGCUGGCUGCCCUUCUUUAUCGUCAACGUGGUGCGCGUGAUUUGCGCCGAGAUGGUGGACAAGGACCUUUUCGUGUUCUUAAACUGGCUGGGGUACGUGAACUCAGCGUUCAACCCCAUUAUUUACUGCCGGAGCCCGGACUUCAGGAAGGCUUUCAAGAGGCUGCUGUGCUGCCCGAGGCAAGCCGACCGCAGGCUGCACAUCAGCUCGUGCGACCUGUCCCGGUACUCCGGUGGGUUCGUCUCCGCCCUGGAGCCCGGCACAUUGGGGCUGUGGUCGGCUUGCGCCGUCUUGGACAACAGUGACAGCAGCCCGGUCGGGGCUGUAAAGCUGUCGCACUCUGAAUCACAGCUGUGAAGGAACACAAAUAUAUACUUUUGUUGAGGUGGAUUACUACAGCCUGGGGAAGGAGGAGUAGGCUACAGCGGGCGUUUACUCCUUGAACAUGGGUUUCUUUUUGGACAAGAGCCGCACCUUAUUAAACGAAGGGGGUCUGUUCGAUAUCAUAGAAGUCAAAGGUCAGGCGAAAAUACAUGCAUUGUAUUUAAAAGCCAUAUUUUAAAAGAAAAGGGAGCAGGGUUAAUGCUCUUUUCAAGAUGCGCAAAUCUCACCAGUUCAGUGUCUAAGAGAUGAUCCAAUUUUUUAAAUAAUAUCAACCCUCAUUUUUCAUUUAAGUGGAUCUAAUGAAACAUAAUCGGUGCUGCACUGACCAUAAAACGUUAUUCAGUGAAUUGACACUCCUUACAAAGAGCGCACUGUUUAAUAAUCCUCGUGUUUUUGUUUAUUUCUUAUUUUAUUGGAUCAGGAGUUCAGUGUUUAUUGACGCAGAUAAUCUAUUAAGGGGCAGUGGGUACCUUUAAAUUGUCCCCGGGUUCUCGAUGGCUCAUCAUUUAUUCUUAAAAUGACUGCUCGGACGCACUGUAAUACACUGAUUGUUAUUUAAAUGCAGCGGACAUGAGUGAGGCAUUUUAUUCGGAGUGACUGUACUGCAGCCAUGUCGUGCUCACAAUGUGUUUUUACCUCACAGCCAUCGGCAAGUGCAAUUUGUACGACAGGUAUUUGUUUAUAUUAAACAUUUAUGUAAAAUAUGUAUUUGUAUGUAUUACAACUAAACAAGUGAAUGUGGGACUGAUUCCCACGCCCUUUGUGCAUAUUGUAUUGUGGUGUUUAGUAGGCCUACUGAUGUGAGGAUUUUGAGCCUCCCCCUUUGUCGUUCUCAUUUAAGCUUUACAUGCUAUUGUGAGGUGGCGUGUUGACUCCUGUGAAAUAAAAGGACGUUUCAUUGUUAA